AUGCUCAAGAUGGGUUUGAUCGGUACGAUUCGAAAGCGACACCAAGAGCGCAAAGACAAAAAGAAGACAGUACGCCAGACGGUACAACGUAACGAACAGCUCGAAGUCGACACCCACCAGACACAUGUCGCGCCCACAACACCUACCCCAGCCCAGCACCUCCCCUUCACAGGCCCCACACGAUUCUUCUCACUCCGCCGCAAACGCGGCGUAAGCAUCGGCAUGUCAACCUACGAGCAACUCCCCAACGGCGUAGAACCCGCACUAAUCGACCACUCCUGCCACCUAAUGCAACGUCCCAGCAGCGAAGAGCUACCCGAUAAAUCCCCCUUCGCCACACCCCCACCCGCCGACGCAACCUCAACCCCAAACCAAGACACCAGCCCAAAAACCUGGCUCAGUCGCGUAGGCGGCUCCCUCCGCCGCAAGCCAAGCGGCAUACGCUCAGCCUUCUCGUACACGCUGCCUCGGAACUGGAAAAGCAACAACAACAACAAUAACAGCACUGGCGUCAGUGCGCAGGCCCUCGCAGAAACAGCGCACGAGUACAAGAAAAGCCAGAUACGUAGACUCGAUCCCAGCGCCAUCGACGCCGCCAACGACGACGGGCGAGGACGAAGCCCCCUCCCGCACCACUGGCGCGAGCAAUCUAGUUCCUCCGUCUCACACUCACGCGAUGGAGUCGUGAACAGGAUGAGCGAUACGACUAACACUACUAUGGAGGGAAGUGAGAUGGGUGAUUGGAUUGAUCCGGAUGAGGAGAGGAGGGAGCAGGAGUUUGAGGAUUGGAUCGUGCAUAAUAGGUUGUUUGUUGAGGGGGAGGGGCUUGAUCUGGCGAGUAGGCGGGUGUCGAGGGUGAGUGCGCUGUCGAAGAGGAGGUAUAGUGAUUAUUAG